CUUCCCUUAAAACAAAGAAAUUACUUUGCGUUACGUUACGUUACGAAUCCUCUUAGACUCUCCCACGCAUUUGACCGUACACGUGUCUCUCUCCAUUCCCGUUUAAUUUCUCAGUCCGCCGUGAAAUUUGUUUGCCGGGAGAAUCGAAUCCUUUCGCUUUCUCUUCGGGUAAUAGAAUUCGUCUCGUUCCCAAAAGCGGGUUUAGCUUCGGAGCUUCUGAAUUUAAUCUUCGUCUGUGUAAUCCUUUUAGCGGAUUUGUUUCAUAGAGCUAUACGAUCACCCAUAAGAGCUUCAGGACCUGUUGGAAUGGAGGGUCCGGAGAGAUGAGAGAUCUUUAAUUCGCAGUUUUAGAUCAUUGCUGUCUUACAAAACUUAAUCGAAAAAGGGAAAAAAAGUGGUUCAAGAAGAUGACAAUGCUGGCUUCUCAUUUCAGCUCUUUAACUUCUAAAAUGUUGUCGGUGUCCACCUCUGAUCACGCCUCUGUUGUUUCGUUGAAUCUCUUCGUUGCCCUUCUCUGUGCUUGUAUUGUGAUUGGGCAUCUUUUGGAGGAGAAUCGAUGGAUGAACGAAUCCAUCACAGCUUUAUUGAUUGGGCUUUGCACUGGUGUGGUCAUUUUGUUAAUUACUAGAGGGAAGAACUCACAUCUCCUAGUCUUCAGUGAAGAUCUUUUCUUUAUAUAUCUUUUGCCACCCAUAAUAUUCAAUGCAGGGUUUCAAGUUAAAAAGAAGCAAUUUUUCCGCAAUUUUGUGACUAUUAUGCUUUUUGGCGCCAUUGGGACUCUAAUUUCUUGCACUAUAAUAUCUCUAGGUGUAAUUCAGUUCGUUAAGAAAUUGGACAUUGGGACCUUUGACUUGGGCGAUUUUCUUGCAAUCGGCGCCAUAUUUGCUGCAACCGACUCUGUUUGCACACUGCAGGUUCUCAAUCAAGAUGAGACACCUUUGCUUUACAGUCUUGUAUUUGGAGAGGGCGUUGUGAAUGAUGCCACAUCAGUUGUGCUCUUCAAUGCGAUUCAGAGCUUUGACCUCACCCACCUUAACCAUGAAGCAGCUUUUCUUUUUCUUGGAAACUUUUUGUAUCUGUUUUUCUUGAGCACCUUGCUCGGUGUAGCAACUGGUCUGAUAAGUGCUUAUGUCAUCAAGAAGCUUUAUUUUGGAAGGCACUCGACCGAUCGAGAGGUUGCCCUCAUGAUGCUUAUGGCAUAUCUUUCAUACAUGCUUGCUGAGCUAUUCGCCUUGAGUGGUAUUCUCACUGUAUUUUUCUGUGGGAUUGUGAUGUCCCAUUACACCUGGCAUAACGUAACCGAGAGCUCAAGAAUAACUACUAAGCAUGCCUUUGCAACUUUGUCGUUUCUAGCCGAGACUUUCAUUUUCCUUUACGUCGGAAUGGAUGCAUUGGACAUCGAGAAGUGGAGAUUCGUUAGUGACAGCCCGGGGACAUCGGUUGCAGUAAGCUCAAUUCUGAUGGGUCUAGUUAUGCUUGGAAGAGCAGCUUUUGUGUUUCCUCUAUCCUUCUUAUCAAACUUAUCCAAGAAAAACCAGAGCGAGAAAAUCGAUAUCAAGCAGCAAGUUGUGAUUUGGUGGGCUGGUCUAAUGAGGGGUGCUGUAUCUAUGGCUCUUGCCUACAAUCAGUUUACAAGAUCAGGGCACACUGAAUUGCGCGGGAAUGCAAUCAUGAUUACCAGUACUAUAACCGUUUGUCUUUUUAGCACCGUGGUGUUCGGUAUGCUGACCAAACCGCUCAUUAGAUACCUACUGCCACAUCAAAAAGCGACCACCAGUAUGUUAUCCGACGAUAACACUCCGAAAUCAAUCCACAUUCCGCUCCUCGAUGGUGAACAGCAUGAUGAUUCAUUCGUCGAGUUCUCUGGAACUCACCAGGACGUGCCACGACCAGAUAGCCUUCGCGGUUUCCUCUUGCGACCCACACGCACUGUCCACCACUACUGGAGACAGUUUGAUGAUGCCUUCAUGCGUCCUGUGUUUGGUGGUCGCGGUUUCGUUCCCUUUGUCCCUGGUUCUCCCACCGAGAGAAGCUCCCCUGAUCUCAGUAAAACCUUGCGAGAAAGCUUAUAGAAACUUCUCCGAAAACCAAUAAACUUCUUCUUCUUCUUCUUCCCUCUUUACUGGUUAUGUAAAGGUAUAUUUGGUGGUUCAAAUUUAUAACUUUUGUGUAAAUUUAUAAAUUUGUAUUACUAGUAUAAUUUAAAUUCGUGGAUAAAAGAAGAAGCUUCUUACAA